AUGGAUGGUCUGCCUUGGCAUCUCCAGCGGAGCUAUCUGAAGUCGGAGUGGCACCGGAAUACCUUCUCACCUGUUCUGCCAAACGUUCGCCAGCCACCUGAAGGUCGAACGCAUCAAGGCGAAGAGAAGGUCAAGGAACUGCGGCCCAGAUCAGCCGGAACUCGCCGAGAUCAAGCCCUCGACCCAAGCGUGCGUCAGGUUUGCCGGCUUCUGCCCCUUCCGAGGAUACAAGAUAUCAGCGGCUCCUCUAUAGCAGACCAGGGUGUUUUUCAGGAGGUUGCUCUUGACAACGAUGCGAAGCUCCUGGAGGUGCUGAGCAAAGAGGAUGUAAACGACAUCGUUGCUGACAGCAUCCAGCGCAUCUGGCUCUCCGACUUGCCAUGGCUUUCGACGAGGUCUCUGGUGCCCAUGGCCGGGAACUUGAGGGAGCUGCAAGAGCUGAGCCUCCGUGGGACGCGCGCCGACGAGAAGUCUCUUGCCGAGAUCCUUGCAGGCUGCGGCAAGCUGGAGCGCUUGGACGUCAGCUGCUGCGCGCUGACGGAGAUCUCCUGUGUCGUGCAGCUGAAAGCUUUACGAGAGCUCAGGGCGGCGCACUGCCCUGCCGUCACAGAGGAGUUCGUGGGAUCCCUCUGCCGACUUCGACGCCUUGAGGCGGUUGACCUUUCAUAUUCGACGGGUGUCAGUGAUCAGGCACUGGUUCAGAUGGCAGCAGGGUGCAUGAGGCUGACACGUCUUGCACUGGUGCGCUGUCCACGGCUCGGCGAUGCAGGCCUCCUGGCCAUAACACAAGCCAAUCCAGGUCUGGUGCACCUGCAGCUUGCUCUGAACCCUGACCAGUUCUCUGACGACAUGACUUCUCAGGCGAUGGUCAAUCUGAAAAGACUGCGUGUUCUAGACCUGACCAAUUGUCCACAGUUGAGCAGACAAUUGCCGUUUGCCAUCGCGAAGCAAUGCGAGUACUUGGAGGAUCUAAGCUUGGCUUCCUGUCCAAUGCUACGAGAUGAUCAUGUCCGGCGCAUCUUGAUCUGCUGCAAGCGGCUGCAGCGGCUGGAUCUAUCAGGCUGCAAGAUUCUUUCUGUGACGCCCUUUCUGGAGGUUGUAUCUCAUGCGCACUCACUUCGACGCCUGAACCUUUCGCACAUACCUGCAAUCACAGAUCAGGCCGUGGCUGCCAUCUACAGAGCCUCUAUGGCUGGCGACAGUGGUUUCGAUGCUGCUGCUAUGGCAGCAAACUUGCGUGCCGCAGCUGCAGCAGAAGAUGAGGAGGAAGAAGAGGAGGGAAGCGAAGUUGGCAGCGAGGAGUCCGCAGGUGAGGAGGCCAAAUCAAGCCCGGACGUAGGAACAACAGUGGCGGCUGCCGUGCCGGAGCUGCAGACAGGGGUUGGCCUAUUGGAGACCAAGCUUGUCAUCGAUCGUUUCGCACAGCACCGUGCAGGUCCUCACGAUUUCAAGGAUGUGAUUCAUGUGUGGCGACAGAAAGGGGCCAAGAAAGGUCGCAAGAAGAAGAAAGGAGCGAAGAAAGGGAAGAAGUAG